AUGAAACUAUCAUCUCCUUCUUUUGAAUUUAACAUACCCAACUCUGACUAGACAUCAAAAAAAUCCGAAUUCUUUCCCAUAACUGAAUUCAAGACAACCUAAUGUUAAAAAAAAGAGCCUCAUGACAAGAAAAAAUGUUCUUUCUAUCAUAGUCAUGAAGACUAAAGAAGAUGUCCUUUAAAAUACUCAUAUUCCAUAAAUCAAUGUAAAAACCGUGAAAAGUGUGAAUAUAAAUCUACAUGUCUUUAAGUACAUAAUAAAGUUGAAUAACUAUACCACCCACUUAGAUAUAGAACAAAAUUUUGUAAAUCUUUAAAAUAUGGAACUUUAUAACUUUGUGAAUAUGGAUAAUAUUGUUCGUUUGCACAUUCUGAAUAAGAAUUAGUUAUUCCUUUUAUUGAAAAAUUACCUAAAAAUAAUAUUUUUUAUAUUUAUUUUUAUAAAACAGUUUGGUGUCCAAAUACAGAACAACAUGAAAGAAGUGAAUGUGUGUAUAUGCAUAAUGUUCAAGAUUUCAGAAGAGACCCUAAAAAAAUAAAACUUUAAAACCUCUAGUGUUAAAAUUGGAGUAAAGAAAAUAUCACUAAAUACAUUGAAGGUGGUUGCUAAAAUCUACAAGAGUGUAAACAGUGCCAUGGAUGGAAAGAAUUUGAUUAUCAUCCUCUAGCAUAUAAAACUAAACCUUGUUUAGAUUAAAAUUGUUAAUAGCUAAAUUGUUAUCUAUAUCAUAAUAAUAAUGAUAGAAGGAUUAUUUCAGA